AAAAUCGUACUUAGCCCAAACUUCAGGACUGGAGUUAUGGUGCUGAAAAUUCAGCUUUUCCAUCACAGGAAUAAAUUGCAUUUGAAAAUAUAUUCAAAUAUAAAGCAGUUCUUUUAAAUUGUAAUAAUAUUUCACAAUAUUACUGAUUUUACUGUAUUUUUCAUCAAAUAAAUGCAGCCUUGUCAUGACACAAGCAGAUAAUAUGAGUGGCAGCACUUCAACUGUCCUUGUCCUCCUCUUCUUAUUAAUCAUACUUGCUCUGGCUCUGGUGUAUUUUUAUAAAAAGCUUAAUGCGGACACAAAUGGACAGUACACCGUCCAGCGCAUAGUCUUCGCCCCCGGCGGCCUACGGGAUCGAUUGAGACAAGGAGUUGGGGUUGUGGAAAACAGAUUUGGUGUCCACAUUUGGCCUCAACCCCGUGAUGACGAGGAGAACAUAGGAGGUAAUGAUGAAGGGGACGAAGAGGGCAAAGGUCAUGACAAACAAAAUGACAGUUACGCAGAGGAGGGAGAACAGCAGGAAAAUGUUAACAGCGGGGACGAUUCUUCGAGUGACUAUUCCAGCGUUGACCUGAGGGAGAGGGCAAGGAUGCAGAGGGAGGAAAAGAAAAGUGACAAGGACGAAGCUGCGGAAGAGAAGGAGAAACAGGAGGAGCAGGAGGGAGGAGCAGCAGCAGGAGAGGAGGAGAAAAGUGAAGAAGUGAAGAACGAAGAGAAAGUGGGAUUACUCGUAGAUCUAACGCCAUUUAGAGGUAGCGCAAUUUGGUCUGAGGAGGACAAAGAUGGAAAUGAGGAAAAUGACUUGACUGCUUUAUGAAAAGCACAGACACAUGGCUUUCGAAUUUAAUAGGCGGGGAAUCAGGUGUUGUGGCCCAGUGGGCAGCACAAAACAUUUUUUUAUAUAUGUAAUUAAGAGUCAGUUGAACCCUGUAAAGCCUGACAUAAAAAUCUAAAAAAGUUUAUUGAACCUUAAGACAAAAUGUUUAAAACAAAUCGAUUUUGUGGAGCAUCAUGUUUGAUACUCAUAUUUUAACAUGAUUUUUGUAAAGCAGUUAUGUUUGGAUAAGUAAACCUAAAUUGCUUCAGAAUCUUGAAAUUUUACCUGAAGGGAAACUUUUUUAGAAUUAUAUUAAAAGGCCUUUUACUUGGGGAAAAAAAGAGGAAAAAAUGUAUAAAGCAUCAUUUCGACAAAGGAAGGCAUAUUUGAAUGUAUACUACCGGUUUUUCAAGUUUUGAUCAUGUUGAUAAAUUAGAGGGCUUAUAAGUUUCUGUAGGCUAUCAAAUAUACAGUAGGUUUUAACUUUAAAAGUCAGUAAAACAGUUCCACACCCUUUCUGUAAACUGUUCUAUCCACUUCCUGUUGUUUUUCUGCCAAUGCUGAUUGUGUGCAAAAAUACAUUGUCAAACUUGUUAACAUUUUUAUUAGAUGUAUAUAUUUUUUCAUUACAGAAUAUUUUUCAUGACAAUAAAGUGAUUUUCAGAA